CCUCACACACCCACUACCUUUUAAAGCUCCUGGGCCAAUCACACGGCAGAAGUCAGCGAACUGUCAAGGGACACUUGUUACGCACCUUUAACACGGACGUCUCCGGGACAUUUUCCAGGAUGGCACUUUCCAGCCUGCUUCUGAGCCUGGCUGCUCGGGCACUUACGUUUCUCUUCUUUCUGCUCGUCAUUGCGUUUCUUGGCUACUGCUUGUACAUUAAAUACAUUCAUAUGAAGUAUGACCACAUCCCCGGGCCGCCGAGGGACAGUUUUUUCUUCGGACACUCACCAACGAUGUUGAAGGCGAUGAAAAAUGACGGAAUUAUACACGACAGAUUUCUGGAGUGGGCCGAGAAGUAUGGACCUGUUUACAGGAUAAAUAUGCUUCACUACGUUUCACUGUGUACGUACUGUCCAGAGGCCACCAAGGAAAUCCUGAUGUCCCCAAAAUACCUUAAAGAGAAGUUUGCCUAUAAAAGACUCUUCAACCUGUUUGGUCAAAGGUUCUUUGGAAAUGGUCUGAUAACAGCACGAGAUCAUGAGCAGUGGUACAAACAGCGACGCAUCAUGGACCCUGCGUUCAGCAGCCUGUAUCUGAGAGGUCUAAUGGGAACCUUCAAUGAGAGGGCAGAGAAACUGAUGGAUAAACUUGCAGAGCUUGCUGACAAUAAAACAGAAGCUAAUAUGCUCCAUCUUGUCAACUGUGUCACCCUGGAUGUUAUUAGUAAGGUAUCAUAG